UCUAAAGAAUCGCAGUUCAGUUAAAGAAUUUGCGAAAAUGGCGAAAGAGAGUGAUAUGUCUUUAUUCAACGAUGUUUUGGAGCCGUUUAGAAGAGUUAUAAAUACCGACCCGCCGAAAGACAAGCUGUCGGCGUCUUCUAAAUUAAAUUUUUCUGAUAGUAACCAAUCUAUAAAAGAAGGACUUUCUAACCUAUUAUCAAUGGGAAAAAGGAAAUCCAGUAUUGGUCCCGAAAUGUCUACUCCUGACAAACGAAUGCGGACUGAUUCUUCUUCUAAUGUUGCUUCUGCGCCGCCAUCUCCUUGGGAGGCUAAAAGGAUGAAGAUAGACCUUAUUGCUGCAAAGGCUCAGAUCACAAAAUUGGAAGCCCGUGUGAACCACCAGCAUACAAUUCGCAAAGAGAUGCAGAUUCUAUUUGAAGAGGAGAAGGCUUCCCUCAUGGACCAGCAUAAGAGAGAUGAGAGGGCUAUAUCGGAUAUGGAGGAGCGCUUACAAGUUGUGCGUAGGAGGGAACAGGAGUUGAAAGAUGAGUUAAGUCAGGCUAUGCAAGAGCACAAAGAAUAUAAAGCAAAUUGGGACAAAGAGAAAACUGAACUUCAUAAGCAUAUAGGGGAACUAAAGGACAAACUAUUGGAGGCUAAUGUGAGCAAUAAGGAUCAGAUAUCAGAAAUGAAGAAAGAUAUGGAUGAACUACUGCAGGCUUUAGAAGGAGCUCAAUGUGAGGUAGAAAUGCUGAAAAAGGAGGUGGCAAGGCAGACCAGCCGUGCCGAGCAGUGCGUCAGCCUGAAGACUCAACUGGAGAAGCAGACAUUUGAAUUGCAGCAAGUCACCAACAAACUGAAGGAACUGGAGUAUGAGAGAGAUUCAUACAAGGAUUGGCAGCAGCAAGCUAAGACUGCUCAAAAGAGACUGACAAACAUGGCGGAGCUAGAAAAAGAAGUCGUCCGGCUGAAGGCCACAGAGCGCUCCCUGCGCGACGCCGUCUGCAACAAGCUACUCCUGGAGGAGCAGGUGCACCAGCUCGGCUGCCGCGUGGACGCCAUGCAGCCGCACCAGCAGCAGCUGCACGAGGCUAAGGUCAAAAUCGCCGCUCUGGAGUCGGCGCUGGAAGAGUGGAAGUCAUCAGCGCGCGCGCACGGCGUGGACAGCGCUCGCGGGCUCUCGGCGGCGCUGGACGCGGCGCUCAGCAGCCAGCUCACCGCCACCGCCGGCUGCUCGCAGGCGCAGACGCAGCUGGCUCAGCUCACCGAGGUAGGUGGAGUGAGACAGAUGUGAGGAGAGUCACUAGAGGGAGUGUAGUCUGUCAUCG